AAAUUACGUAGUUGUUAUACAUAUACGCUCCGGCAGUGCGCACACGGUAGAAGAAAUAAGCAGCCCGGACAGCCAGCCACUUCUAUCCCCAAGAGAAAUAAAUAGGCCGGUCCAGUUCACUCGAUGUGGGCAGAAGUGCGGUUGCGUCAAUCAUCGUCAUGCGAACAGAGUGUAACAUACACGUACCUCACACGCCUCAGGAGUCUGUCGUGUUGUUGGUUUUAUAUUCACCGUGCGUAUGGUCACGCCGCAAGAGUUGUCCAGAUAACGUUCCCCGAUAUCGGAGCAUCGCUGCAAUUUCUGUCCAACCUACGAAUGGACUGGUGCAGUCGACUUCGGAAUGGAGUCGAAAGUGGAUGAGGACGUCGCGGCGUCCGUAGCCGAUUGUAAAAUCGAGCCAUCGGAGCCCGUGCUAACCGAGGAAGAAGUCGUCGAAGUUUUACGGAAGAGAAUCAAGUCGAAUGAAUUCCGAUUGGUCGAGCACAAGGUAUCGGUCGUCAAUAAAAUGAACGGAUAUCUCGGACUUUACUAUAAUCUCACGGCGGCAGUGCGGAUGAACGGGGACCGUCGGACCAGCGAGUACAAAUUUUUCGUCAAAACGCGACCACCCUUGGACUCCCCGCAAUACGUGUUCAUGGUCGAGUCCGGAGCUUUCUUGAAAGAAGUCAAAGUGUACACGGACUUGAUACCGCGGAUGGAGGAGCUGGGGGACGAGGUACGUCACUUCGGCUGGGCACCCAGAUGUUAUUUUUCCAAAGAGAAUGAAGUCAUAGUUUUGGACGACCUGUCCACACUGGGGUACGUUAUGCCGAACAAGUUCAAAAACUUUGAUUACGAUCACUACGCGCUAUUGCUGAAAAUGUUAGCCAAAUUUCACUCGAGAUCUAUCAUACUCGAGAAUAAUCUGAAAUCGACAGGGAAGAAAAUCGUCGACGUUUACGGGGAUAUUUUGGAAGAAUCUAUGAUCGGCGAUUCCGGAAUUUUGAAGAAGGCCAGCCGGGCGGCUCAUUUGGGGGUCUACGCUAUGAUAGAACUGAUGGGGGGCUUGGACGACGAGGAAAAAAUUCAUCUGAAAAACCGAUUGGCCACUUGGUACGAGAAUCUAACGGCAGCUUUGUCUCGGUCGACAAAGAAUUACGGAAAAGUCGUCUGCCACCGUGACUUGUGGGCCAAUAAUCUUAUGGUGAAAUACGACGCCGAAGGGAAACCGGUGGAUUGUUGCAUGAUAGAUUUUCAGUUCGUAGUCUACAAUCCGCCGGCGAUCGACAUCAUGCUUCUUCUCUACUGGACGACUAACAGGGAAACGAGGACUAGUCACGGGGAAUCGUUUUUCCAAAUAUAUUACGAAAAAUUGCGAGAGGAAUUGGAGAAUAACGGAUUGGACGUAAACGACCAUCUCGGUUGGUCGGAACUCUUGAAGAGCUGCGAAGACGCGAAGUUGAUCGCGAUCGUUUUCGCUACUACGGAUUUACCCUCGAUGCUGAUGGAGUCCGAUACCUUGAACGAACAGCUCGGCGAUACGUCGAAAUUACUCGAACACACCACCGGCUUUUACAACGAUACUUCGGCGAUAUUUUCACACCAGUUCGUCAACGUUCCAUCGUACAGGGAGAGAAUAACCGAGAUCCUGAUGGAAGCCUACGAGACACUGCCCGCGUUUGAACCGGAAAAAUUGUAAUCGAAUUUGUUUCGCGAUAUCGGGGCUCGCUCGGGUGUUUCGGAAAAAAAUUGUCCAACAAUUUUUUUCACCGUUCCCGACCGUCGGCCGUACACCGCCUGACGCGGACGUCGAUAAUUUGUAAUCCAUUUAUGUAAUUCUCCAAACGGUAUGAAUAAAUUGCGAGUACGCCG